AUGGUUUCCGAGAUCUCCGGCGUUAUCAAUCGUUUCGUAUACCAAGGACAGAUCACGAACGUUAUGGAACGCGCGGGUCCUAAAGUCCGGCAGUAUGCUCGAGCUUUCCGAAACUUCGCCGAGAAGGAAUGGAAGAAAAGACAGAACGUUAUCUGGCUGGAUCCUAACGGUCCCGCCGCAAAAACGACCAAGUUUAGAUCAUCCAAACUCAACCAUUUCUUCACGGUCACCGCUCUCAAUCUCGGCCCAAAGCUCCUCAGACUUAAAAGAGACGUCACUAUGGACUCUUUCGCGCAGGCUUAUAACCUGACAAACAUUGCUGUUGGCACGGUCGACGCCCUCAUCGGUAAAUUGACAUUCCCCCAGACGAGAGCGCAGGUUGAACAAUUAUUGGAUGAUGACAACGACGAAUCAACUGUAACCGACGCAGACGACGACAAGGCCGGUGAAGCUGACAAACCAUUGACCGACCCUACCACGGUGGUCCCGCCAACGAAUGACCCACCAGCUACCGUGCAACCCGAUGUGAGCACAGGAUGGGGAGCCAAAAUGGCAGCUGUGACAACUCAAAUUGGAGUGUGGAACAAUAAAAGUUGGACCAAUGGUAACGAAAAUACCAAUGCCCAGUGGUGA